UCGCCGGGCGGGAGAGUUUCGCAGCCGGGUGCGAGAUGCCACUCGGGCUCCUUCUGCUCUCAGAUUUGCAACCAACAUAAUGCUGAAGCUCCCAACUUGGAACAAGCAUUUCACAGAAUGGCACAAACAGAAUCUAAUCUGGACCAUGAUGUAUCGUGGUUCCUUCUCCCGUCUUACUGGGCUAAAACAAUUGUGGCAUUAAUUUCUUUCCUGUGUUUUGCUAACAGUUAUGAUGGAGAUUUUGUCUUUGAUGAUUCUGAAGCCAUCAUCAAUAAUAAGGACCUCAGGGCAGAAACCCCACUUGGUGACCUGUGGCAUCAUGACUUUUGGGGUAGCAAACUCAGCAGCAAUACCAGUCAUAAGUCAUACCGACCACUAACUGUCCUAACUUUCAGAAUUAAUUAUCUUUUUGCUGGAGGCUUCUACCCAGUUGGUUUCCAUGUCAUCAAUAUAAUACUGCAUUGUACUAUCUCAGUGUUGAUGGUUGAUGUGUUCUCGAUAUUAUUGGGUGGACUGCAAUUCAGUAAUAAAGGAAGAAGGCUAAACCUGGCUCCAAAGACAUCUCUUCUAGCUGCUUUGCUGUUUGCUGUACAUCCAGUGCACACCGAAUGUGUUGCUGGGAUUGUUGGCAGAGCAGACCUCCUGUGUGCCCUGUUCUUUUUGUUGUCAUUCCUUGGCUACUGUAAAGCAUUUAGAGAAAGUAAAGAAGGACAUAACUUUUCUAUAUUCUGGGUGCUGAUGAGUGUUUUCCUAGGUGCAAUAGCCAUGCUGUGCAAAGAACAAGGAAUUACAAUACUGGGUUUGAACGCAGUGUUUGAUGCACUAGUGAUUAACAAGCUAAAUGUUUUGGAGCUUAUUCAAAAGUUACUAUAUAAGGACAAAUCGUUGGAGAAUGCUGGGCUGUUAAGAAAGGGCUUGCUUUUCAGAAUAACUCUCCUGAUGUCUGGAGGAGCCAGUAUACUUUAUAUACGCUGGAGGAUUAUGGGCACGGGGCCACCGGCUUUCACUGAAGUAGACAACCCAGCUUCAUUUGCAGACAGUCUGUUUGUGAGAGUUAUAAACUAUAAUUACUAUUAUUCCUUGAAUGCAUGGUUGCUGUUGUGUCCCUGGUGGCUGUGUUUUGAUUGGUCAAUGGGCUGCAUACCCCUCAUUAAAUCCAUCAGUGACUGGAGGAUAAUUGCACUAGCAGCACUUUGGUUCUGCCUAAUUGGUCUGAUGUGCCAAGCUCUGUGCUCAGAAGACAGCCAUAAGAGAAGAAUUCUUACCCUAGGACUUGGAUUUCUUAUUAUCCCUUUUCUUCCUGCAAGUAAUCUGUUCUUCCGAGUAGGAUUUGUUGUUGCAGAGAGAGUCAUCUACCUCCCCAGUAUUGGAUAUUGCAUUCUAUUUACAUAUGGAUUUAGUCUCUUGAGUAAGCAAGCCAAGAAAAAGAAAAUUCUUGCUGUGGCAGUACUUGGAAUCCUGUUGAUAAAUGUUACGCGCUGUGCUCUCCGCAGCAGUCAGUGGAGGUCAGAAGAACAGCUUUUUAGAAGUGCACUGUCUGUGUGCCCUCUGAAUGCAAAAGUGCACUACAAUGUUGGCAAAAACCUGGCUGAUAAAGGAAAUCAAAGUGCUGCAAUCAAAUACUACAGAGAAGCUGUAAGGUUGAAUCCCAAAUACGUACAUGCCAUGAACAACCUUGGAAAUAUUCUGAAAGAGAGAAAUGAGCUCCAAGAAGCUGAGGAGUUGCUGUCCUUAGCUGUACAAAUACAGCCAGACUUUGCUGCUGCAUGGAUGAAUCUAGGAAUAGUACAGAACAGUUUAAGAAGGUUUGAAGAGGCAGAGCAAAGCUACUGGACUGCAAUUAAACACAGGAAAAAAUAUCCAGAUUGCUACUACAAUUUAGGGCGGUUGUAUGCAGAUUUGAAUCGCCAUAUAGAUGCAUUGAAUGCAUGGAGGAAUGCUACAGUUCUGAAACCAGAGCAUAGUUUGGCUUGGAACAAUAUGAUUAUAUUGCUUGAUAACACAGGAAAUCUAGCUCAAGCAGAAGCAGUGGGAAGAGAGGCCCUGGAAUUAAUACCCAAUGAUCACUCUCUUAUGUUUUCUUUGGCAAAUGUACUGGGGAAAUCGCAAAAAUACAAGGAAUCAGAAGCUUUGUUCCUCAGGGCAAUUAAAGCCAAUCCAAAUGCUGCCAGUUAUCAUGGUAAUUUGGCUGUGCUUUAUCAUCGCUGGGGAAAUCUUGACUUGGCAAAGAAGCACUACGAAGUCUCUCUAAAGCUUGAUCCUACGGCACCCGGGACCAAGGAAAACUACAACCUUUUAAGAAGAAAACUGGAGCAAUUGCAAAAGAAAGGCGGUGCCUGAGGUUUCUUUUCAGGUUGUCCGUGCAUGCUGUUUACCAUUAAUGUUACAUGGGCACUUCUGACCAUGUAAAGGAUUCAGUCGUUACUUCUCAAAAAUAAUACCACCACCAGCACCGCACACUUGAAUGGCCAGUUAUGCCCUCCUACAGAUCCUAACAUUUCAGCUCGAGGGAUCAUUUUCUUUUUACUCUUGAACUGCUUUUAAAGUCCCUUAGAACAUUUUUAUAGGUACGUGAAAGCAAUGCAAGUGGAAUUUCACAGUUUUCGCUUGUAAUUUGGUACCUACAUCUGGCUUUUUAGUAGCAGGAUGAAUAUCACAGGGCAGUUUUAUCUCUGAAAGUGAUUAUUUAAAAAAUGCAAUUUCCUGUUUAAAUCUUGAUCUUUCAAGUAGGAAGAGUAUCUGUCCACUUCGGUUUUAUUACUGCCUUCUACUGCCAGUCCUGCAGAGACAGUGAAAGAAUUGAUUCUCUCCAGCACUCUCCAGUCUAAUUGUGUCAUUUGAGUUAUGCCCUUGUUCUCGUUUCUGGCUCCACCCUGUCAAGUGUCAGAUUUGUACCAGGAGUAAAUGAGGACAAGGACUUGACCAUAAGUGUUUGUCAGGCACUGUACUGCUUGAGUAGAGACAAUACUCUUAAUUUAAGAUGGAGAUUUUAGCAAGCAGCAAAAGGAAAAGAAGUGCGAGGCGAUAAGAGCCGUCAGCUAUAGAGUUUCUGUUUCUACAGGCAGCCUCAUCUACUGUAAACAACUUGGGCAACAAGCAGAAUUGCUUUAGCUCCUCUGACAGGUCAGCGGUCUAAAUACAGCACAGCGUCCACACGAGCCAGUUCCUGUGUUCUCGGGCAUUUCAGUAUUUUCUGGUCUAAGGAUGCUGAACCUUUCAGCUCCUGGGUUGUUGGCAGAAAAGGGUAAAUUUCUGGGCUAUAGUAACUGGGCAGUCAACCUGACCUUGGCUGUUGAUGUAUUAACUGGAAGGAGCUCAACUUCACCUAUGUCUCCCAUGGCUCAUGUGUUUGCUGAAAUAACAGUCAGAUAAACAUAGCUGUUAAUGCAUAAACCGGUCACACUCAUGUGGGACGAUUCCAAGAUGGAAUCAUUGCUAGGAUGUCACUUUUCCAAAUGUACUCUGCUUUCAUACUCUUUUAAACUCUGGCUAUACAGGUUUGUUUGUCUUGUGCUAAUAUUUACAUUUCUACUUCGGGAAGAAGUCACAUGUCUAUUUAUUUGUCGAUUUGGUGGUGGGUUUUGGGUUUUUUUAAGAUUGGAAAAUUGUUAUUGGAUGUGAAAACUGAGGAACUUUUACCUCUCUCUUCGUAUUCCCUUAUUCGUUCCAACCCUGUCCCUCAGGAAGAAAUUGAUCAGUGCAGUAUUUGCUGCUUUCCUAAUUUGUCUAGUGAUUUUUGUAUAGAUUAGGCAAUGUUCUCCAUACUCAACUCAUCCAUGUGUGGAACCCUUUAAAGUGUUGGGCGAAUGCCUGCCAUAGGACAGGAUGUGUCAUGACCUUGCCAUCUACAAUGGACUAUUUUUAUGUUAUAAAUGUGCUUGGAAAUUACAGUUGUUUCAAGAACCAAGUGUAUUUACAAAGCACACUGCAAUACCCCAGAGCUACCAAAGCAUCCUCUGACCAAGCUACUUGGGUACUACAAGUAGUGCGGCUACUUUAAAGUAAUACUCAUGCUAGACCAGCUGUAAAUGUAGCCAUCAAGGUUAUGACAGUGUGGUACCGCCUACAAAUUUGUCUUUGAAUGAAUUAAUAUGCCUACAUUGUCUAGUAUGUUACCAUACUGAUUUUGAUUGAGGUACCAGAGGCAUGAAUUUGUCUUAGUGCGGUGCUCCUCUCCUGCAAAUACAGCAUGUUUCUCAGCAGGAUCUAAUGAGUUCAUAUAGGGUACUAAGUUGAUGCAAGUGUUUCCAUUUCUUCUGGAUUCCACAUAGAAUUUUCAGAAACUACUUUCUGAAUAUAUUUGCAGGAUAUAAACAUGCUCUUUGAUAAGUAUCUGUAUUGAUCCUGCAGAAUGCUGCACUGGUGUGGCUGCUUAUCUUCUGGGAACCAGCGUAGUUUAGUCGGUACCAGCUUCUGUAUCUGAAACAUGCUGAAAUAGAGACACUUGUCAGUACAAACAGCAGACUUUUAAGACUUUCCAUACAUAACCUAUCAUCAUCAGAUAAAGGGAACACUUAGCUACUUCAGUCAUGAGUUGGGUUCUGGCUGGAUGAACUAAUUCAUAGCAGAAAAUAAAUGUAUUUAAUAUUUUCAGGUCUUUUCUGUAUAUUUGGAAUAUGUCAUACUGAAUUUAAAUUAUUAUUCUCAUCAUGAGGUUCACAUGUACAGUUUUCCCUGUUGCCUGCCAUAUUAGCUUUACAGAAGUCCACCAGAUCAAUAUCAUAUAUGGGGUAUGAAUUCUCUCUAGGUCAUUAUGAACCAAAGUUGUUGUAGGAAUUCCUCUGUGGAAGUCAGUUUGUCCUUCUAUUUGAGUUUUAGAUGGAAGAGACAUGCCAACAAACCGGAUGUUUGGUUGGUAUUUGAAAAUGGCGUUUACUCUUCAAUGCAGACAAUGUAGUUUCUUCUUGAAUAGUUUUCUGACUACCUGUAUAUAUUUUUGUGAGGUUUUAUUUCUUUUAUAUCAUCUUCAAUGCUACGGAAGUUCAAUGUGAUUACUUGUAUGACAGUAAUAAGAAGGAUACGCUUAUGUCUGAGUGUAAUGUUCAGGCAGAAUUGUGUUCAAAAGAAAUGACAAAGAAGGCUGUUUUUUAAUUAAAGAAAAUCCUUAAGACUUUCAAGAGUGCUAAAUAUUUUUUUACUUUGAGAAAUCUUUUGAGAGUGCAAAUGAUACAAUGAGUAUUAUUAAAAUGGUUAUAAUGUUAACCUUCUGCUUGUUUUUUCAUACCUCAUAUAACUGACUCCUGGAAUAGGACAGAACACACAACCUGGAAGAGAGAAAGGUGAAGAAAAAGUGACUCUGUUUGUAACAGUUGUUACAAACCUUGUCUGUCUUUCCAGCAUUCGAAUUUUUUUCUUCCAUUGCCUUUCCACCAUUGCUAAUUAUAGAAGAUUAAAGUUUGCUGCUUAUCAGCUGGCCUGGUUGAUUCUGUUGUGAAAUUAAGAGAUUGCUUGUUCAAAUACUGUUCUGAGGAGAGAAAUACAGAAUGAUUCCGUGCACUGGAGUCAGAAAAAUAUUCACAAUGACUGCUAUGGAUGACAGCCUCUCUUCACCAAAAGCUUCCUAGGGAGUUCCCUGAUCGUAUGUUUCUCUCAUGUUUAGACCACUGCCAUGUACGUGAAUUUUCCUGUUAUUUAAUUUCAUACUUAGGAUUCAAACUUUAGAGAU